UUACUUGGGAGAGCUUCCGGCUUGUGUCUCUUGUACAAUGUCCGAUAAAAAGAAACCAGACCAGGGCCAUUGUGGUUCAAAUGGUGAAGAUGAUGGAAAUAGAUGCCGUUUAUUGGACCGGUACUCCCUGGAAGAAAUUCGGUUGUCUUUGGAGUGGCUGAUCUUAAUUGCCUCCACUACAGGUUUUCUGGCAUUCCAGUUAAUCACAAAUGCCAUUUUUGAGGAGGAGUAUGAAAGAGAUGUGGCCUGGAUAGCCAAGCAAAGCAGGAGUAUGUCCAGUAUCGAUGAGGCGGAUGACUACAUGGAGGACGAUGACUUCGAGUUCGAGGACAUCGAGGAUGAGGAAGAACUGCAGAACCAGGUGGAGGAAGCAGAAGGGGACAGGGCAGAAGAUGAGAUGCCCAUGGAAGAGGGAGCAGCAGCGGCUACCCGCCUCGUUGACUUAGGAACCUGUACCUUAGAAUCUGAAGAAGCAAUUGAAUGUGAGUGUGAAGAUGCUGAUGAAGAAGCUGCAAAGGAAAAGGAAGAAGAUGAAACUGAAGAACCGAAAGGAGAGUCAAAAAAGAACCUGGAUUCUGCAAAAGGCUCCCUGCCUUAG